GACGUCACCGGCUGGACUCUCGGCUGCGCGAGGACGGGACGGGGUGGGGGGCGCGCGCACACACCGCGGCCAGCGGCGACUUUUUCCUCUUUAUUUUUCCUUUUCUUCUCCCUAAAAACACCCUCAUCCUCCCCGAAACACGCCGAGCGAGCCUUCCGCCGGCCGGGGAGCUGCGUCACCGACGGGAUUGCGGGAGAUCGGGCGCGCGCGGCCUCCGCUGGAAAGUUUCUCACCGGCGGCGCUCGUGACAGCAGCUAAAGGACACCGGCGGGAAUCUCGCGCGGCUCCGGGAUUUCACGAGAGGGGGUUUCGGCAGCUCCCCGCGGGGAUAACGGACAAAAAGCGUCAAAUACUGUCAAAGUUUGCGGGGAAAUAUAAAUAGAGUUAAAGUCAGAGACGGAGAGGCGCAGCGCCCCCGCCCGUGUCCGCCGGUAAACUCACGGUAAACUCUCUCAUCCGACACUUACACCGGCGGAUCAUCGGUGUGCGGUAAAGGAUGGCCGCCUCAGUGAAGGUAGCGGUGAGAGUUCGGCCCUUCAACUCCCGCGAAACCAGCCGAGAUGCUAAAUGUGUCAUACAGAUGCAGGGAAACACCACCUGCAUCUGGAACCCCAAACAGUCCAAAGAAACAGCGAAGAACUUCAGCUUUGACUAUUCAUACUGGUCUCACAGCACGGAGGACGACCCAGCAUUCGCGUCCCAGCGGCAGGUGUAUCUGGACAUCGGGGAGGAGAUGCUGCUUCACGCUUUUGAGGGCUACAACGUCUGUAUAUUCGCCUACGGUCAGACCGGAGCUGGAAAAUCCUACACCAUGAUGGGAAAACAAGAGCCUGGACAACAAGGCAUCAUUCCACAGAUGUGUGAAGAUCUGUUCCAGCGCACCAGUGUGAACAACGAUCCUGAUCUGUCCUACUCUGUAGAGGUGUCCUACAUGGAGAUCUACUGUGAGCGAGUGCGAGAUCUGCUGAACCCCAAGAGUAAAGGUGCGCUUCGUGUCCGAGAGCAUCCCAUCAUGGGGCCGUACGUCGAGGACCUGUCCAAACUCGCCGUGACGUCCUACGUUGACAUUAAAGACCUCAUGGACGCGGGGAACAAGGCUCGGACGGUGGCGGCGACAAACAUGAACGAGACGAGCAGCCGAUCGCACGCCGUCUUCACUAUCGUCUUCACUCAGCGCCGCCGAGACCAGCUGACCGGCCUCGACACAGAGAAGGUCAGUAAGGUGAGUCUGGUGGAUUUGGCGGGCAGCGAGCGAGCGGAUUCAUCUGGAGCCAAAGGCGUGAGAUUAAAGGAAGGUGCUAAUAUCAAUAAAUCUCUCACCACACUGGGGAAAGUCAUCUCCGCUCUGGCUGAAAUGCAAAACAGCAAAAGAAGGAAAAGUGAGUUCAUCCCGUACAGAGACUCAGUGCUCACCUGGAUACUGAAGGAGAACCUGGGUGGUAACUCUCGUACAGCUAUGAUCGCUGCUCUCAGUCCUGCAGAUAUUAAUUAUGAGGAAACACUCAGCACUCUCAGAUAUGCUGACCGUGCGAAACAGAUCCGCUGUAAUGCUGUAAUUAAUGAGGAUCCAAAUGCUCGUCUGAUCAGAGAGCUGAAGGAGGAAGUGAACCGACUCAGAGAUCUGCUGCUGUCACAAGGACUGAGCCGACUGAUCACUGCUCCAGCUGCUGAAGUCAAUAACAACCGUGUGGGCGUCACUCUAAUGCCUGCUGACUCCGCCUCCAACGGUGCUCCGCCCACAUCUGCACCUGUCCCAGGAGAAGGCCCCGCCGUUGAGAGCGACCCCGCCUCUCUGGGUGACCACGGCCAAUUAGAAGAGUUUCAGGGCGAGAUGAUUACCAACGAAGAAGCAGUAGAGAGACUGAAGGAAACAGAGAAGAUCAUUGCUGAGCUGAAUGAGACAUGGGAGGAGAAGCUGAGGAAGACGGAGUCUAUACGACUGGAGAGGGAGUCGAUUCUGGCGGAGAUGGGAGUGUCCAUUAAAGAGGAUGGAGGAACUGUCGGAGUGUUUUCACCUAAAGGGACUCCUCACCUGGUGAAUCUGAACGAGGAUCCGCUGAUGUCUGAGUGUCUGCUGUACUACAUCAAAGAGGGUGUGACCAGGGUUGGUCAGAAGGACGUGGACAUCAAGCUCAGCGGUCAGUUUAUUAAAGAGCAGCACUGUGUGUUUUACAGCUACAUGAACCGGAAUGGAGGAGUGGAUGUGACUCUGGAGCCGCUGGAGGGAGCGGAGACGUACGUGAACGGGAAGCAGAUCACCGAGUGCGUGCUGCUCAAACAGGGCAACCGCAUCGUGAUGGGCAAGAACCACGUGUUCAGGUUCAACCACCCGGAGCAGGCGCGUCUGGAGCGCGAGCGCAGCAGCUGUCUGGAGCAGCAGGGGGAGCCGGUCGACUGGAACUACGCUCAGAGAGAACUGCUGGAGAAACAGGGCAUCGACAUCAAACUGGAGAUGGAGAGGAGGUUACAGGAUGUGGAGAUUCAGUAUCGGAGAGAGAAAGAGGAAGCAGAUCUACUGCUGGAGCAACAGAGACUGUACGCAGAUUCAGACAGUGGAGAUGAUUCUGACAAACGCUCCUGUGAAGAGAGCUGGAGACUCAUUUCAUCCCUGAGAGAGAAACUACCAGCUAACAAGGUUCAGUCCAUAGUGAAGCGUUGCGGUUUACCCAGCAGCGGCAAACGUCGCGAGCCGCUCCGCGUCUAUCAGAUCCCGCAGCGGCGACGCAUCAGCAAAGACCCCGAGCAGGUGACCAUGAGCGACCUGAAGCUGCAGGCGGUGAAGGAGAUCUGCUACGAGGUGGCGCUCGGAGACUUCAGGCACUCGCGGCGGGAGAUGGAGGCGCUGGCCAUCGUCAAGAUGAAGGAGCUGUGCCGCAUGUACGGCAAACGGGACGCCGCCGAGAAGGACACGUGGAGGGAGGUGGCGCAGGACGUGUGGGACACGGUGGGGAUUGAAGACGAGCGCACGCAGGAGACGGCGGACGGCGCCGCGGACGGAGAGAGCGGCAGAUCCGGCGUGUACAACCUGAAGGCGCACAUCGACAAACUGACGGACAUCCUACAAGAGGUCAAAGAGCAGAACAACAUGAAGGACGAGGAGAUCAAAGCCCUCAGAGACCGAAUGAUGAAGAUGGAGAGCAUCAUACCGGCAGUGCAGCAGGAUGGUGAUGAUGAUGAUGAUGAUGAUGAUGAAUCAGAGGAUCCGCCUUCAAACGGCGAUCAGGGGCGUGGCGACGAGCAGGAUGGGCGUGGCUCUCUGGAGAACCUCCCCAAAGAGGAGCGCGUGUCACGGCUGAUGGAAGAAGACCCCGCCUUCCGCAGAGGCCGCCUGCGCUGGCUCAAACAGGAGCAGAUGCGUCUGCACAACCUGCAGCAGCAGCAGAUCACCAAGCGGCUGCGCAGAGGAGGCGGGGCCGGGGCUGGAGCUGGGGGCGGGACCGGGGAGGGCGUGGUCCACCUUCCCGGAACGGGGCGCUUCAUUCCCCCGCAGGACUGCAAGCUGAAAUUCCCCUUCAAGAGCAACCCGCAGCACCGGCUCUCCUGGGGCCCGAACGCGUCCGUCACGCUGGACGACCUCAAGGACGAGCGCAACGAGGGACGAGGCCCCGUCCUCGGCGUGCCGUUACUUCCUCUACCGUUCCAGGUGCCGGUCGUCAUGCGCGCGCCCUCCCCCAGUCGCCUCUGGCAACCUCGCCAAUACAGCAACGGUAACUAUGGCAACGGCAAUCACUUUCCUCAGCAGCAGCAGCCACACUGGCGUUACAGGCGCAACUCGCUGGACGGCUCCACCGUGCCCGGCAACCAGGGUUACUAUAGCAACGGGCACCACAACAAUAACGGCUCGCAGCAUACGGGCCGCGGCCGCUACCGGCGACAGUCGCCGGGGCCUUGCCCGCGUGGGGAGGGGGCGUACGCGCAAGCUUACGUCAAUCAUCAGCGACCCGCCUUCCAGAACUACCAGACUCUACCGCACGCGUUUGCGGAUCAACAGCACGGCAGAAACCAAAAACCGCAGGGCUACGUCACUCCGCCGCGCAUGAGACGGCAGUACAGCGCCCCCGACCUGAAGAGUAAAGAAACGCCCGUCUGAUGCGUGUCCUUCGCUGAUGAUGUCCUGAGUACAAGCCGUGUUUUGAUGGGUUAGUUAACAGUCUCAGUGUAGAAUUUAUUCUGGCCAACAACUGCCCGCUUAAGACAGGAAGAGAGUGUUUGUGUGACAAUUAAGACCCGUUCACAGCAAUGAAGACUUUUAAUAAUCGUCCUAAAGGUGAAAUCAAGUCAUUUGAGUACGAAUCUACAUUAUUGGGAAUGUCACGUAAGAGCGAAAGAUUUCCCAGACGCCGAUUUCAUCACUGUUUUCUGUGUUGACCAUUAGAAACGGUUCGGUUUGAAAGUAAUUUCUUGGUUUGUGAGAGACAAUGGACCUUUUUUUGCCUGGGAAUUUUCUGCAAAAUUUCGCAAAUGGGUCGUUACACGAAAUCGGUGCCUUUUGCCUCCCUAAGAAAUAAUCAGACAUAGAUUUAAUAUAACAAGUAAGUGUGCAAUUUAAAAACAUAACAAUGCUAUGUUAGCUUUCAUCAAAAUGACAUAAAGUCAACUGAAUAUUAUUAAAUAGCUUAAGUAGCAUUUAUGCUGGUAAAGGUGAGGUUUUUGGCCUGUCCCUCACUACGAUUUUUCUUUUUCAGUAGGACUUUUAUUUGGCAAAAUGAUAUAAAAUCACAUUUGCAUAUUGUUCUAAAUAUAGUCUCAUUGUUAAGCAAUGUUUUUGCCAUAAGUAUGAUUUUUUUAAAUCAUUUCAUUGGUGUCCCCUGAUUUCAUGUCAGCCCUGUUACCCUCAUCAAAAACCUUUGUAAAAUAAUGUACAUUCAAGUGACGUCACUUCUAGGUGUUCACAUCAUCUCUCAAACAGGAUUACAACACUUACAACACAAGCAUGUUUCUCUCACACUCUAUAAUGUUCUAUUUUUUUCCAUUUUUAUUUAUCAUGCAGUGUCAAUCCUGUUACCAUUUUUAAAAUGUAAACUUAAAACAAUUAUUUCUUACAUUUAAUAUAAUCAGUAACUACAAGUAAAAUCCUUUCAGUGUACACUAUGUGCUUUGACUAUUAGCUAGCAAUUAGCAAAACUGUUCGAAACCAUCAAAGCUGUUACCGUCGGUUUUGACGUGGAAAACAGGGAUAACACUGAUUGGGUUUGGCUCUGUUUUUAAAGAUUGUCUGUGUUAAAAAAGCUCCCCCUCUGUGUAUUGUUGAGCUAAUGCCUACAUCAUUCAAUGGCAUGUGAGUUCUAAUCAAACUAUAGUAUCUAGUAACGCUUGUGUUGGUAACAGGGUUGACAAAAAUACCAAAAAAUAGUCAUUAGAUAAUAAAUUACAUAGCCUGAGAUAGCACAAUAAAAUUUCUUGUCAUUUUAAGGUAAACCGAUUUUAUUUUUCGAUUUUUCCAAGUGGAAAAGGCACCGAUUUCGUGAAAUGAGCAGCGUAUUGUUACACUUUUGAAAUGGACAACACACUAUUUGUCAGCGUAACCAAGUCAAAGCACACUACCCACAUUACAACUACGAAUCACUUUCGUAACAGUUUUAUCCAUUGAUGGCCAACAAAAUCCUUGACAGCCGAUCAGAAUCAUGUGUAAUUAGUGUUACAGUUAUCAUUGUUGGUGUGAACGGGCCUUCUGUCACACUGACUUCUGCUCAUCCAAUCAGAUUAGAGCUUGUCGUUUUGGACAGCUCUGUUUUUUUUAAGUGCAAUAUGCAUGUGUGGGCAGUCCGAGACUAGUUAACCCAAACCGACCCGAACUCUGUUAAUGCACAGUCGCCACGUCAGCGCUCCGUCUGUGUGUGUGUUCAGGAUCACGUACCUCUCAGCAGUGACUCAAUGGCCCACGACUAGUUGUGUCUUAGUUUGGGUGUUUCUGUAUGUUUAGCCUCAAUGUGCCUUAAUGAGACGCCAAUAACCUCAGAGAUCACUGAAGGAGACGAGAGUGUGUGUGAUGCUGAUGAUGUACUGUGUGAGAUCUGAGAUGCAGAAGGAUGUUUUGAUGAUUCGUGGAUAUGGUUCUUUUGAACCGGUUCUUGCUAACGAUUCAUUCACCUCAAACGACGCAAGUUCCGGAUUCGUGUUCAAAUGCUGUUCGUCACCAGCUAGAAUCGUAUGACUCACCCUUCAGUUUUUAAAUUUCAGUCUUUCAACUUUUUUUUGUAUUAAAUUUACGCCAACCUCAUCGCUGCAGUAAUGAUGUUUAGUGGAAUAAAAUGAGCCGGAUGAUCAGUGUUAAACUUGUCAGUUCGCUUUGUUUACAGCCCAAAUAAUGAUCAUGGUGUGGGAGCAUCACUGAAUCACUCUAAUCGAACUGGUUCAAUUAAUGAUUCACUGAAUAGAUUCAGACUAGAGGAGAGAAAGGAGAUGAGCCGCAUGGAGGGCUGGAAUGAGUUUACACUGAUGAUUGACAGCUGUCAAUCACUGAUGAUGAUGAUGGUGAAAGUGAUGUGGAGUUCAGAGGUCAAUGAAAUGGACACGUCGAGUGAAGAUGCAAGUCGUGUGAGUUUUAGAGUUGAUGUUUUUCCGGAUUUCUGUGGGUUUUUUAAAAAUGUGCUGAUGACCCAAUCAGAUGGGAGAAAUGUUUUGACUAUUUAUUUGGAAUAUGAUUCCUGUUUCUGGCGCCACAGACGGUAAUUUGAUUCAGUUUGAUGUGAUUUUGAUUGGCAGAUUUAAAUCAGCCCUGCUUGCGUGAGUCUGCAGUGGUGCAUCACGCUGGACGCUGAGAUCGAAUGUUCGGACAGAUGCGGGAGGCUGUUCUUGCGCUCGGUGUCGUCAUGGUAACUGCGUGGCGGGUGGGCGGGGCUGUUACCGCUAGACACGACAGGAGCUUUUUCGGACCGUGACCUUUGACCCUUCCGGACAAUCCGCUGACUCCUAUAUACACCCGUAGACCGUUUCCUGCCGUAAUAUGACAUUUGUUUGUUUAGUCUUGCCUUUUUCAGUUUGAUUAUGAUUUAUUUGAUUCAUGUGUGUUUGUGCGGUCACGUAUGUGUGUGAGGAAUACGCCGAGUUCAUUUGCACAGACGCACACACGCGUUGUGUGUGUGUUUUGUUUGAGGUUGGCGUUGCCGUCGCGUUUCUGACAUGAUGAACCUCACGUGUCUCGUCGGACACAAGCUGCCGCUUCUGUUUCUGCUCUUCUGUUGCUCUUUUGUUCUGGGUUUUGAGUUAUUUUUGAGUGUCUAAAAACUGCAAAAUGUCAAUAAAGGACAAUGUGUAUAAAAACAA